AUGGCCGUUAGCUUAGGGAUAGUCGUCGUUCCGUCGUGUUCUGGAGAUCGCCUCUUCAGCAGACCUAACUUCCCGGCCAUCUGCAGCGUCUCUUCGACUGCCUAUUUCCGGCUUUGGCGUGGUCGAAUCAAUGCCGGAACCGGAGUAAAUUCGGCUCGCCGACGCAGAGACGUUGGCGGGUUGUUAAUCUCGAGCUGCCUCUCUCCGGAUUCUUCUUCUCCACCGUCGUCUCUCUCUGGGCCGAAGACGAAGCUCUAUGUAAGUGGUAAGUUCUCUGUGUUCCUCCUCCUUGCAUUUUUAUUACAUGUUUCUGUUUCCCUGUUUGAUCCCAAUUCAUGA